UGACAACUCUAAAUGUUUGGCUAGACCGUAAAUAGACGCUUGUUGGUCGGCUACAAGUGAAAUAUUUUAAUUUAAAGGAUAGGGCGGAGUACGAAAAUGUCCUCAGCCAUUUAUUUGGAGAACUACCUGGACGGCUUGGAAAGCCUUCCCACUGAGCUGGAGAGGAACUUUAAGCUGAUGCGAAAACUGGACGAUCGUGCCCAAACGGCCAUGAAGAGCAUCGACAGCCACGCCAAGGACUUUAUGCGCAAGCUGGCCGACAGUGGAGCCAUGGGGGACGAGGAGCGCAAGGAACGACUGGAGGACAUAAAGGCUUUGUUCGGAAAAGCCAAGGAGUAUAGCGACGACAAGGUGCAACUAGCUAUCCAGACGUACGAGCUGGUCGACAAACAAAUUCGCCGUCUCGACAACGAUUUGGCCCGGUUUGAGGGCGAGAUUCAGGAGAAAGCGUCCUCCACUCGGGCCAAGUCCGAGGAAGUUGUGGCCAAGAAGGGUCGCAAGAAGACAAAGGACAGCAAGACCACGGGUAAAAAGAAAAAGUCAGCUUCGUCGGACGAGGAAACUGGGCGUGGCAGCAACCAAAACAACAGCAGCGUAACCCUCAAUUCAAGUAGCAAUACGGGACAAGGUACCAAAAAGAAAAAGUCCAAGGUAAAUCAAGAAAAAGAUACACGCAAGGGGGGCGUUCAAAAGAAAACCGCCGAUGUGGAAGACUCCGAGAAGGAAUCGAGUCACGCGGCCGCCGUACCGAGCGAUGUUAUGGACAUGCCCGUGGAUCCAAACGAGCCCACUUACUGCCUCUGCCACCAGGUAUCCUAUGGCGAAAUGAUUGGCUGCGACAAUCCCGAUUGUCCCAUCGAGUGGUUCCACUUUGCGUGCGUCGGGCUCACCACGAAACCCAAAGGAAAGUGGUUCUGCCCCAAGUGUACCCAAGACCGCAAAAAGAAGUAGACUCAAUUGUCCAUAUUGUUUGUAAAAUAUUCAUAAACUAGAAUAAGAACUAAAAUAAAUACUAUUAUAGCACGCCUAGGCGUGCAUGUUUUUUCAAUAA